AUGACCGUCCAAACUCCUCUUCCCAAGCGUCAGCGCGUGACGCUCGAGGAUGAACCCAUGUCUGAGGGUAUACUCAGAAUCGAGAACUUUCACGAUAGAGAGACUGUUCACCAGCGUUGCGUUAUCAUCAAAGGCCUUUACACCACAGAGGUAACCCGCGGCUCUGGUAACAGCUCCUUCAUAACUGUAGAGGCUACAGAUGGCGCCAACUCAACCUUCCCAACUCAGACUUGGCCAGUUGUCGACAAUCGUUUCAAAGUCAUUGCCUUGCUCUCUCCUGGCAUCAACAAGCUCUCCAUCAGACGUACCAUCAACAACGUCGCCGAAGACGCUACCAGCGAGUUAACGCUGAACUAUGUCCCCCUGCUCCAAACUCCAGCUCUGCACCUCGCUAUCAUGGUUUCAAAGGACUCCCCGCUCCUCAUCGACUGUCCGCCCGUCAAGUAUGGACCUAUCUCCUCUGCCCACUCUUCCCUCGACGCCGCAAUCGCCAAGCUCCGUAUGUCAGCCUACAUGUGGCAGGCUCUGACUGCCGAAGACAUGCGCAUGAAGGGCCUCGGUCGUCGAUCCUUCAGACUGGAGGAGGAAUGGACCGCCGACACAACUAGCUCUUCCUUCUUAAGCAGCUUGCACGGCGCUGCCCUUGAAGAAAGCGGCGCGAUGAGAUCGACCGCCAAGGUCCACAUUAUCCAGUCCGACAAGACAACGGCAGAGAUUCGCGACGAGGACGUUGCACAGCAGAACGAGUCGGGGCGCAAUCGCGACAAGCUGUUCGACUACUUCCUCGCCGCACUGGGUAAGCACGGCGCACCUUUCGAGGCGUCUUCUCAGCCCAUCGUCGCCGGCAUGAUUCUCGACUCCCAUUACUCCAUGGACAAGAAACUCAUUCUCGGCCAUGCUGCUCUCGGCUGCCACAACCCUCAGGGUAUCUCCCUUGGCAUGAUGGGAAGUCAUCUGGCGUACUCUUGGCCUCGCUUCCUGGAAGAGGUAUCUUCAUCUCUCCUGGACACACGUCUCCCCGGGCAAACCGUCGGAAACGACAACAACGAGUGCGACUCCCUUUGGGAAGCCUGCUCCAUCGGCCAGGGCGCUUUCCUGCAUGAAGUCGGACACGCGUUUGGCGCACCACACACAACGGGCAUCAUGGCCCGUGGCUACUCGCGCUGCUGGCCGCGUAACUUUGUCGUGCAGACGGCCUACUCCCAGCACUUCAAAGAGCAGGGUAUCGUCGUGGUCGACGGAGAAACGGAAAACCAGGCACGUUGGGAUUUGAAGGACGCACUAUCUUUCAAAAUGUUGAGUCACUUCUGGCUACCUGGCGAUGUGAAAUUCCCAGCCUCUGCUCGCUCGAGUGCUCCGAUAGUUUCGGUUGUCAAUAUCGACACGGACGAUGCCGGCAUCGAGAUAGCAUGCGCUGCCAGUGUAGCUAGCAUCGAGUUCAACGGCGACGCCGAGCCUACUCCCACUGUCGCCGAGCCACGCAACAAGGUCUUUUACAGCCUCAAGACACUUGAGUCCCGCUUCUCUCGAGAAGAUGAUUUGAAGCUUGCUGUCGUCGGUAUGAACGGCAAGAGCAAGACUAUCGGAAACCUAUGGAAAAUCUUUGAUUUGACAACCGUUCGCAUUCCUGGCUCGAGUAUCGUUCUCUCAAAGCGCUCAGUCAUGACAAAGGACCUUGAAGCGUCAGAAGGUGUCGAAUCAGCAGAUGAUCGCCUUUGGACCUGGUCCACUCUCCUCACGAAGAAGAAGAAAGACGGCUCAAUCGUACAUGCGUCCAGCAUUGAUGUCCGAACGGGAUGCAUUCUUGACGGUGCAUAUGUGCAUUUCCCGGAUGGCAAACGCAUCAACUGCGGCCCGAGGGUUUGUUCUUACAGUGGUCGUAAGCACGAAUUCGGCGGACAUGCGUCGGAGGAUGUACCCGUGCCCAAGGGACAGGAAAUUGUCAAGAUUGAGGUUGCGAGGGAGGAUCACGUCCUUUCUGGUAUGAGGAUUCACUUCAGCAACGGCAAGUCUGGCGGUGCUCUGUCCGGGUAUGGUGACGGUAACGAAGAGGAGACUUUAUCUCUGGAGGUGCAAUCGAACGAGCGCAUUAUCGGCUUCUACGGUCGGAGUUGGUGGGGCCGCCAUUUUGACGGACUCGUGGAGUUUGGCAUCAUUACUGCGCCAAAGGACGUAGAGCUUCCCGAGAAGAUUUACAGCAUGAAGGAGCUGCAGAAUACUGAUGGUGGAAGAGAGAGUCAUGAACUUCAGAAGAACAGGUCUAAUGAUGAGUCUGAUGAUGGAAGUGAUGAAGAACGCGAGGAUGAGGAUGAUGACAUGAACUAG